CGUUUCGGCCAGCCAAUGGGGACGCGCGGCGCUGGCUAACUAGAGAGCUGAGUUCGCUCUGCAGGAAGGAUCAGCUCGCACGCUGCCGGAGGAGCCAGGAUGAGCGCCGCCGCCGGGGAAGGAGUCGUGCUCGUGGCUGCUGUCAGGACUCCAGUCGGAUCUUUCAAUGGUGCCUUAUCCACUUUGCAUGCCCAUGAGUUGGCUUCUGUAGUUAUUAAGGAAUCCUUGCAGAGGGCAAACAUUAAUCCCAAUGAAGUGUCUGAGGUUAUAUUUGGACAAGUCUUGGCUGCAGGUGCUGGUCAGAAUCCGGUUCGGCAGGCCAGCGUUGCUGCAGGGAUUCCAUAUGAGGUUCCAGCCUGGACAUGCCAAAUGAUCUGCGGUUCAGGCCUAAAGGCAGUGUGCCUUGGGGCCCAAUCCAUUAUGAUAGGAGAUUCCAGCAUUGUUGUGGCUGGAGGCAUGGAAAGCAUGAGCAAGGCACCACAUCUCAUUCACAUGCGUGCCGGUGUAAAGAUGGGGGAAACCUCUUUGAAGGACAGCUUAAUCCAGGAUGGUUUGACGGAUGCCUUUUAUCAUUACCAUAUGGGCAUAACUGCUGAAAAUGUGGCCAAACAGUGGAAUGUCAGUCGAGAGGAACAAGACCAACUGGCUGUAAAGUCACAGAAUAGAGCUGAACAUGCCCAGAAGGCUGGCUAUUUCAAUAAAGAAAUUGUACCUAUUUCUGUGCCUUCCUGGAAAGGUCCUGUAGAGGUUAAAGCGGAUGAGCAUCCUCGCCAUGGUAGCAACUUAGAAGCAGUUAGAAAGUUAAGGCCAACAUUUGUGACUGAUGGGACAGGAACUGUAACUGCAGGCAAUGCGUCAGGUAUAAAUGAUGGUGCUGCAACUGUAAUUCUUAUGAAGAAAUCAGAAGCUGUUAAACGAGGCUUGUCUCCCUUGGCACAGAUUGUCUCCUGGGCGCAAGCUGGUGUAGAUCCUUCUGUAAUGGGGAUAGGACCAGUCCCAGCCAUUAAAAAAGCUGUUGAAAAAGCAGGUUGGACAGUGGAUGAUGUAGAUUUGUAUGAAAUUAAUGAAGCUUUUUCUUCAGUCAGUCUUGGAAUAAUAAAGGACCUGAAAUUGAACCCAGAGAAGGUUAAUAUCCAAGGUGGAGCUGUUGCCCUUGGCCAUCCUCUUGGAGCUUCAGGAUGUCGAAUCCUUGUUACACUAUUACAUGCGCUUGAACGAACAGGUGGAAAACGGGGUGUUGCUGCAUUAUGUAUAGGAGGAGGAAUGGGUAUCGCUAUGUGUGUUGAAAGAUAGAGAGACUAGUUCUGUAGUAAUUUGCAGCAUUUAUUGCUUUUAGUAAUAACAGAAGACAUUUUAAAAUUUUGGAAGUUUUAAGAAUUAUGGCAGUACUGGAAUUUGUCUUAAUUACAACUUUUUUUUAGAGCAAUGUGGAUCUUGUCCCAAGAAAAUGUUUUCCUUUCUUUUCCAUUUCUCUAACUCAGGCAGGACAUAUUUACCACUGCAUUACCCUGGGUCCCCCUGGGGAGAAGAGUGGUAUAUAAAUUAAAUUAAAUAAUAAGUCGUACAUCCACUCCUCACCACAUACAGAACUUGAAAGAGGUAGUGCUGGGCCUGCCUCUUAACAUGACAGGUUUUGGAGAAAAUCAGUUGUAGCAUCCACCUUUUGGCUCUUAUCCGUCCUUGUAGAAAGCAAGAACCAUUGCUUUUGUGUAUAAUAUGAACACACCAGGAGUCUAUAGGUGUAUGUUUAACUGUUGAAGAUUAUUUGCUAUUGCUACUGCUAUGUUAAAUGAUUUUAUUAGAGCCUUUUGAACACAGCUCAAGCUAAGUAUAACUAUUAAGUCAGCCUUACUCAGUGGUUAAAUCUUUCAUUGCUGGGAGGAACUAUAAAUGGUGAAGUGGCUACUUUUGGCUUCUUUGCCUGAAGUGGUGUGUGGGUCUUUAGGGCAGAGUGAAGGCUUUAUUGCUAUAAGAACAGCUAUUGCAGCCUCUUAUUUCUCUUGCCCUCCUUCCUGUAUGCACCUUUGUAACACAAACAAGAAUACAGGAUGUGACCAUCUUCAAUUUAUUUUCUAGUUAGGCAAGAGUCCAACAGCUUGUUUUUUUUUCUUUCAAACAUACAUUACUAAAUACAAGGCUACAAAGAAUUUUACAGGAAUGGUUAAAUAAACAUCCAUUUAGUCUUCAAUUGCCCCAGAGUGAACAGCAUCUUCAUAACACCCUCCUUUAUCACCUUUACUUUCAGGGUGCAAUUUAAUAAGGUCAUCAAUUCGAAGAAUAGUAAUUGCCGCUUCUGUUGCAAACUUCAAACUCUUUGUUUUGACCACAGUGGGUUCAUAAACACCAGCUUGCUUGUUGUCGCGUGGCUUCCCAUUGAUUAAAUCAAGACCAAUCCUUUAAAAAGAAAGCAACAAUAUUAUGCCUUCAACCUGUCCACAUAAAAGACCCAUUUUCAAAGUGACAUGAAAUAUAAGUCUGAAAUUUCUGAGACAAUAUAAGAUGAUCAAAUUGAUCAUUUUAUCAUACCAUGAAACUGCCCACCACCAGUAACCUUUCAAAAAUUAUUCACAUGGUCUUGGGGUUGCUACCAAGCCUCCUCUAUUUUGAAUAAUCACAUACCAUUUCAAAUUUUUACGUUCUGGAUUCACUUGAGCUUCAUUGUGAAAGGCCCUGAGUUUUGCAACCAGAUCUAUGGCAUCUUGAGCAGCAUUGACUGCCAAUGUGUUUGGAAUAACUAGAAGAGAUCUUGCAAAUUCCGCAAUAGCAAGCUGUUCACGUGAUCCCUAAUUAAACAGAGAAAUUUGCAUUAAAAUUUAACUAAAUCACAUACGUUUAUUGUACACAUUACUGGCAAUAAAUGGUUUGUUCCAAAUGCAUCCAAGGUAGAAUGUUAAUGUAGGGCAUAUUCCUUAUAUAGUCUGAGUAUUUUAACAAUUCUGUCUCAGAACUGGUAUAAUCAAAGUGACAUGAAGAUCUGGUUAAGAAAGAAACCGUUCAUGCCAAACACAGAUUAACUAAAUCAGGAGUUCCCAAAUUAAAAUUGGCAGGCUGGAUGCAGUCCUCCAAUGUCAUUUACUCAGCCCCCGCCAUAAACUUUAGACCGUAAGUCUGAAACUACUUGAAGACGCACACACUCACUUCUAAUUAACUUGACUGCCUCAUUAGCCAAAAGCAGGCCCACAUUUCCCAUUGAAAUACUGGUAAGUUAGUUUGAAUUUUAAAUAUAUUAAUCUUUCAUUUUUUGUACUACAAAUAUGAUAUGCAGUGUGCAUAUGAAUUUGUUCAUAUUUUUUCAAACUAUACUCCAACCUCCUACAGUCUAAGAGUUUGAGGCCCUCUAAACCAGACACUUACCAUGCUAGUCGCAUAAUUUUCUAGAUAAAUGGAAAGUGCAGCUUCAACUGCACCACCUCCUGGUACCACAGACUUGGACUCUAAUACUCUCUUGACAACACAAAGAGCAUCAUGUAAGGAUCGUUCCAUUUCAUCACACAUGAAAUCAUUUGCUCCUCGUAGUAUAAUGGCAGCUGAGGUCCUUGCCUUGGUACUGUUUCAAGAAGACAAACAAGGGAGAAUGCCCCCAUAAUUACCCACAAUUCAGUACCGAACCUUCAUUUAAAGCCAUUGACAAUAAAUCACUCAUGUAGAUAUUAAGGAACAUUAAGACCCUAUCUACACUACCAUAUAAUGCAUUUAAACUGUGUUCUAAAACUGCAUUACAUGGCAGUAUAAAUGAUACCUAAAUCCAAAAGUAAAGCUGAGGCAAUCACGAUCUUAACAUUCUUAUAGGGCCUAAGGAUCAUGUAUCCCAUGUGUAUAAUAGCCGAUGCUGCUUAACAAUAACCUGGCAACCAUUACAUGGGAAAUUGCUUCCAAGAAACAUAGAUAUACUUUACAACAGAAGUUUCCUUACUUCUUGAUUAAGAUCAGUUCAUCAUCACAGAUCCUCUCCUGAAUCACCUCUUCAGCUUGUCCCAACAUUGAAGCUUCAAAUGUUUCUUCGCCUUCCAGAUUUGCCAGUGUAGGACAAAGAGUAGCUUAUAAAACAGAAAAUGAGUCUUUUAAUACACUCCAAAAAAAAACUUAAGUCAUAUUAGAUUCUCUAAUCAAGUACUUCACCAUAUUUAACAUCUGAAUCAAAAGGAUCAGUAAUUGAGGAAUUAGAUUUGAGAAAAUUUUGGCAAUUACCUCCAGACGCUUUAGCAAUGCGUUUAAGGUCUCUUUUUAGGACUCUGCGUACUGCCAUGGCACCAGCAUCUACAAAAUACUUCAGACACAUAUCAUCAAUGCCGCCAGUGGUCAGAAUAACAUUUGCUCCUGUACUCAGGAUCUUCUGAAUUCUCUCUUUAGUGAUAUCAGCUUCUCUGCAUGAGAUAAGAGGAGUGCAAUUUUUUAAAACCUAAAUUAGAACUGAGUGGCAAAGCUGUGUAGUGAAAUAAAAUACCAUAUUUCUUUUAUUCUAAGAUGUCAUCAAUUGUAAGACACACAUUAAUUUCAGUACCAUCAACAGAAAAAAGAUAUAUAGAAAAGCAUCUGUGAUUUUAAGAAGAAGUGUGUCUUAGAAUUGAAGGAAUACGGUAUUUAGGUUCUAAAAUCACUAAUUAAAUGACGCUAUUUAGAGGUGAAGGACUGGAAACCCCUUCCCCAGGACACCAGGGACCAAUACCAUAUUUGUGCCCAUUAGUUAGGAUUGUCUUAAUCUUUCCUAAAAACUCUGCAAGAACGAGCAGCAAAUGGCUCACAAAUCAAGCUUGAUUUUCUCCUUUCUUCGAGUUUCUAGAGCACCUUUAAGUGAAAUGCAGAGGCUUGUACCAAAUUUGUGAGCGACACAAAUGAGAAGGACUACAUAAAUGGUAUGAAUUUUGAACUAUCAGUGCAAGAGCUCUUUAUGCAACUUAGUAGUCACUUCCAAAGAAAUGGCUAACAAGUCCCAUUAGGAUUCUUUGGAGUUUUGUUAUCACAUUAUAAAAUGGUGCUUGAAUCUUUCUCAGAUUAUGGGUGGGCCCACAUCACUGUGGAAACAUUUAACAUUCAAAUAACUUUGUUGUCAUUUAUAACCAACUCCAACCGUAUUUCUACAGCUUAUCAAGAACAUGUAAGUGUAUGCAUAGUAUGAGCAUAUUCUAUACUUCAGAUUCAGGAUUUUAAAAAAUGAUUUGAUACCUAACUAGAAGAAAAAUGUAGCACAUUAACUGUGUAUAUGUUUGUACCAAAUGCCCGCAGCCUAUGCACUCUAUACUUUUUUAUAACAAAAGUACCUAUAGUAUACCUUUGCCUAAUCUGGUCCAGUUUUUCGGGGUCUGUGACCACCACCUGAACACCAAGUUUCAUUUUUGCCUUUUGAAGGCUGAAGUCAAGACAGGCAAUCUUUGCAUUAACUAUUCUCUUAGGCAUACCUAAAAGAAAAAGAGGGGAAAACACAACAGGGAAGGUUCUUUAUUACAUUGCAUCUUGGUUAUACCUAAACAAUGUGAAAUAUUUCAAAUUAAGAUAAUCAGCACUAUUAUUUCUUUCUAUCAAACCAUUCACUAAGUCUAUUUUUCCAAAGCUUAUGUAUCUGUAACACUGCUAAGCUAAAUCAUACUAAUCAACCUGUGAGGGGUUUUUAGAUUGGAGUUUUCUACCUAAAAUAAUAAAAUAUAAGGAGAUCACUGAUAUCAAGUUUCAAUUUGCAAACUAAAUUAGUGCCUUUUAAAAAAAGAACAGAACACUGAAACUGAAACUCUUUUCAGCUACUGUACUUUAUGAAGGGGAAACAGUUAGAGAAGACUCUUGUGGCUAUAAAUAUCUUCUCUAACUUCUAGCCAAAAUCUGAAAUCAUAAUGUUACAAUACAAACAUAUGUUUACCUUACCUUGGGAGCCCACAACACAGUUUAAUGCAUAGCCAUUUACAAGAAUGCUUUCUUUCUGACUGCGACCAUGUGCCUUUAAAACAUUUAUGGAGUUGAUGGGAUAACGUGCUUGUCCCUUUUGAUCUGUGUAUUUAACUGCAAGUGCAGCAUCCACUACCAUGUUGGCAAAGAAAUCACUAUCACUAAAAGAAUAUUGUUAAGGUAAAUAUGACAUAUGUUACAGGAUAAAAUAUGCCGCAUGUACAUUAUGAAUAUUAUAAACCUUUAAAAAUCUUAAUGGUAGCAAAGAGUAACAGUAUUUUACAGGUUCAGUUAUAUAGAGAGAUAUUCUAAAUUUUGUGGACCAAAAGGUCCCAGGUUCAAAUCCCGGGGGCGGAAUGAGUGCCCGCUGUUAGCCCCAGCUCCUGCCAACCUAGCAGUUCGAAAACAUGCAAAUGUGAGUAGAUCAAUAGGUACCGCUCCGGCGGGAAGGUAACGGCGCUCCAUGCAGUCAUGCCGGCCACAUGACCUUGGAAGUGUCUAUGGACAACGCUGGCUCUUUGGCUUAGAAAUGGAGAUGAGCACCAACCCCCAGAGUCGGUCACGACUGGACUUAACGUCAGGGGAAAACCUUUACCUUUAUUCUAAGUUAAUAUCUAUGACACUAGCAUCUCACCAUUCCUUAUAUAUUUUCUUCUUAAGUGUACAAAAAGUCAUUUUCUCUAAUAUAUCGAAUAUAUAUAUAUUGAAAUACUUGAUAUUGUGUGGAAAUAACAUCCUAACUAGUAAUGAUCAACUGAAAGGAUACAUUCCUAUGAUUUUAGAAGAUAUCGCUGUUUUAGCUGCAUUGAUAAGGCAGUCCCUGCCCAGUUCAUCUGAGUUAAUAACAAGAUUCUCGUUGAUGUAACGAACUGCCUCCCUGUUAAAUAGAAACAUUUUAAAAAAUAAAAUGGUAAUACUUCA